GGCGGCCGCUCGCCUUUCGCCGCCCCUCUUCCGCGCUCGCUGCCGCGGCCGGGCCUCCCUCUCCCUUGUGCCGUUUCUUUCAUGCUCCCUCUCUCCUCCUCGCUUCCAUGGCUGGCCGGCCGGGGUCCCACCAGCUUUGGUUGCUCUCUCUCUCAUGGUUGGUGGCACUUCCCUAGCCUGGCGAAACUAAUCCCACUAGGCGGUGUCAGGGGAGCUAUAUAUAACCACCUCCAUUGUAGCUUGUUUCCUUGUACCCGGCUUCUCCCUCACCGGCUUCCAGCUCCGGCUCCGGCAGCUGAAUAUAAUCACAUCACCGAUCAUUCAUUCCCUUUGCCUACUACUACUACUGCUAUCUCCUUCAAUUCUCCUGCCAUAUCGAUAUAUAUCAAAUGGCGGUAGUAGUCGACGUCUGAAUCAUCGUACUCUGAUACUACAUACAGACAGACCCACUUCUUCUUCCUCCUUGUUGCUCUAGUUCCUCUUACUCUUAGCUACAGUAGUAGCUGUUAGCUUGGCUAAUCGAUCGAUCGAUCAUGAGCAUCUCGGUGAACGGGCAGUCGGUGGUGCCGCCGGGGUUCCGGUUCCACCCGACGGAGGAGGAGCUUCUGACCUACUACCUCAAGAAGAAGGUGGCGUCGGAGCGCAUCGACCUGGACGUCAUCCGCGACGUCGACCUGAACAAGCUCGAGCCAUGGGACAUCCAAGAGAAGUGCCGCAUCGGUUCUGGCCCCCAGAACGACUGGUACUUCUUCAGCCACAAGGACAAGAAGUACCCGACGGGGACGCGCACCAACCGCGCCACCGCCGCCGGCUUCUGGAAGGCCACCGGCCGCGACAAGGCCAUCUACGCGUCCGGCGCCCGCCGCAUCGGCAUGCGCAAGACGCUCGUCUUCUACAAGGGUCGUGCCCCGCACGGCCAGAAGUCCGACUGGAUCAUGCACGAGUACCGCCUCGAGCCGGCGCUCGACGUCGACGCCGCCGCCGGUAGUGCCUCCGCCCACCACGCCGCCGCCGGGGCCGCCGCCGAUCAUCACCCCUACUACACCUCGUCGUCGCCGCCUGCUCUUCCUACCGCAAUCCGUGGCGCGGCCGGAGACCAACAAGCGGCGCAGGAGCAGGAAGGGUGGGUGAUCUGCAGGGUGUUCAAGAAGAAGAACCUCGUUCACCACGGCCAGAGCAGCGGCGGCGGCGUGACAGCAGCAGGAUCCAAGAUGGCGUCUGCGGCGGCGCCCAUGGAGGGCAGCCCGAGCCACUGCUCGUCGGUGACCGUCAUCAGUGACCACACCAUGAACAAGCACCAGGCGCAGGCGAUGCUGCAGCACUCCGCCAGCGACGACGACGCGCUCGACCACAUCCUGCAGUACAUGGGCGGCGGCGGCGGCAAGCAGCCGGACACCAAGCCGGUGCUGCUGGACCAUCACCACCACCACCACCUAGCUGCAGCAGCUACUACGACGACCACCGCGUGCUCUGCCGGCGGCGCGGGUCUCUACGGGAAGUUCAUGAAGCUCCCGCCCCUCGAGCACGCCGGCGGCGGCGGCGGGCUGCUGCCGAGCCCUGCAGGGGCGUGCGACUACGGCGCCGCCGACGCCUCGGGGAUCGCCGACUGGGACGCGCUGGACCGGCUCGCCGCGUACGAGCUCAACGGCCUCUCCGACGCGUCCAAGAACAUGUCCGCCUUCUUCGACGAACCCAGCGCCACCGCCGCCUUCUCCUCCUCCUCCUCGUCCGUGCACGCGGCCGCCGUCGACGGCGACCUGUGGAGCCUGGCGAGGUCGGUGUCGGCGUUGCACGCGGACUUGACGAUGAACAACGUCUAGUAGUCUACUACUAGCUGCCGACCAACAGCUAGUCCCGACUCCCGACAUCCAUGGCGUAUGCAUGCAUGCAUGCCGCACCACUAACGACUACUCGACCAGCAACAUGCAUGCAUGCAUGUGUGUGCUUGCAUUGCAUGCGUGCGUGCGUGCCCUAGCUAGUGCGUCGUGCUCCCGUAGUGCAUGGCCGCCGUACGUACGUAUUGCACGCUCGCACGCACACGUGUACGUACACACGUAUGUACGUACGUGCGUGAAUAAACCCUAGGGAGACAUAUACAUCCAUGGCCGGACAGCUGGGAGCUGAGCUUGCUUGGAGCUCGCUCGAGGUGUGCAGUGCAGUGUGGUCCAUCUGUGUGUAAGCACAAAGAAAACGGAGGGAAAAAAGACAUUGUGAUUAAAGGACAGCGUGGUAGUUAGCUAGUAGAGAAUAUAUAUAAUAUACAUUAUUAUCCAUGCAUCUACCAUUUGUACCUAAUUAAGCUAUAUAUAUAGCUUACUAUAUAUUAUUACAAACCGCUUUUGGUUUUUUUAGUGCAGUGAGGUGUGAUAUCA